AUGUACGCUUACUUAAUCAAUAAGGAGGGUUAUGACCACGAGUCUCUCAAGGCAUAUAAGUCGUUCGAAGGCUACCGCCUGUUCUGGGAUGGCCAUGUGUUAAAAUUGAUGAAGAACAAGAACUUGUUCAAUGGAUACCACUACGUUAAAUUUGGAGUAAAGCCAACGGAACGAGAGAAAACGCAAGUCGGACAGAAACCAACUUACGAUGGAUGGAUAAUAAUUCAGUCAGAUGGAUCAGUUUACACAGCGCAUUGCCCUUGUAUAGGAGGGUGUGUAUUCUGCUGCCUCGGCUAAUAUUUGGCCAUCUUAAAAAAUGAAUUUGAUUUAUGUAUGUGUUAAAUGAUAAAUCCAGAUUGAUCUGUUCAACUGACACAAUGUUGAAGUGUUAAUGAAAAUAAUAAUUUGCAGCUUUGCGAAAUUUUGUACUUCGUUUCCAAAUUGUUGAAGACAUCUUUAUACUAUGCCCAAGUGUAUGUGAUCUCUAUGGCUUUCAGAAUAAUUUCCUUUUAUCUAGUAUUCAAAACUUUGACUCUGGUCAUCACAAUAUAUCUGUUGAAACUUUUCUUAAUUCCUAAUUUCUUGAUCAGGGCUGAUGGUGCUUGCCGGCACAUUGGUGCCUCGCUUAUUGACCUUGAAGCUACACUGAGAGAAAAUGUUGUAAUACCUUGCACAGGGAGAAAGUGCACUUGGAAACAACGGAAGAGGACUCAUGAGGGCAUGACAAAAGGAUCAGCCAUGGAUUUUACAAAACCCACACUGAACAAAGAGAAAAGAAGCGACUAA